AUGUCUCACUACCAUUUCAUUAAAUGCUGUUGUUUCCAGCUAUGUAACGUCUUUCGUCAGAACAUGGAGAUAGACCAGUGUCUGCUGGAGUCUCUCCCCAUCGGCCAGCGCCAGCGGCUGGUCAGGAGGAUGCGCUGUGACCAAAUCAGGGCGUACUAUGAGAGAGAGAAGAGCCUGCAGCGCCAGCAGGGUGGUGUCAAGGCCCGAUCUCUGCCCAGCCACCGCAAGAAGCAUCGCAUUCGCUUCAGCCUUUCUGAUGUCAUACAGGAUGCCAUUAUUCGCCAUGACGACAAAGAAGUGUUGCGCCUCCUGAAAGAGGGAGCGGACCCCAACACGCCCAUUUCCUCUGGAGGGUCCUUGCUACACCUGUGCGCUCGCCAUGACAACGUGUUCGCGGCAGAGCUUCUGAUUGAGCGAGGCCUGAAUGUCAACCUGCAGGACGAGGACCUGUGGACAGCGCUGCACAUAGCGUGCGUGUGUGACCAUGCAGAUGUGGUGCUUCUGCUGCUGCUGGCCGGGGUUAACGUUCUGCUGCAGGACGUCAAUGGGAACAUUCCUCUGGACUACGCCACCGAGGGAACCGAGACCAGCUACAUCCUCCGAAAACACUUGGAGGAGAAUGGUGUGGAUGUGUCGUCCAUGCACGCCAUGAGGACUCAGAGGCCCAGCACCAUGCUGUCUGAUGUCAAACAGCUGGUAGCCACUGGAGGAAACCUCAACCAGCCCAACGACGAUGGGGUCACUCUGCUCCACAUAGCCUGUGCCAGUGGUUACAGAGAGGUGGUGUGUGUGUUACUAGAGAGUGGUGCAGACCCCCAGCCCUUUGACAGCAACUUUUGGACCCCUCUCCAUUUGGCCGCCAAAUACGGACAGACAAGCAUCGUUAGCCAGCUCCUGAGGCACAGAGCGAACCCUACUUUGCUGAACUGCAACCAAGACAAGCCUUCAGACAUUGCUGCAUCGGAGCCCAUCGUUGACAUGUUGCUGAAGGCAGAGGAAAGCUGGCUCCAGAGACUGAAGGAUCCCUCCGCUCCUCUGCCCUCCACUGACCAACGCUACGAUGGGGGAUCACAUGACCUGAACACCCCUGUCAAGAAUUUGAAUCCCCUGGGUCUCCCCAUUUCUAAGCGAGACAGUCUUUUGGAGAAGUGUGCCAUGUUCAGAGAGGCAGGUGGGGCACUGAGCCGACAGCCAUCCCAGGACAAUGGCUUGGAUGGCCCCUUCACCUCUGGAGCCAGCAAACUGGAACAGGUGAAGCUGAUGCCCCCGGCACCCAACGAUGACCUGGCGUCCCUCAGUGAGCUGACUGACAGCAGCCUGCUCUACGAGAUGCAGAAACGCUUCGGCAACGACCAAAUCUAUACAUAUAUUGGACACAUCCUUCUGCUUGUCAAUCCAAACAAAGAGCUGCCCAUCUACUCCACUUUGGUUAGCCAGUUGUACUUGAGCUCUACAGGUCGCCUGUGCUCCUCUCUGCCCCCCCACAUCUUCUCCUCAGCAGAGAGAGCUUAUCACAUGAUGCUGCAGGAGAGACGCCCACAGUGUUUCAUCCUCAGUGGUGAGAGUGGCUCUGGGAAAACAGAAGCCUGUAAGCACAUACUGAGACAUCUGACCGCCCGCUCCAGCCCUAAAGGCUUUGCUCUGGAACCCAGAAUGAAACAUGUGAACUGUAUUCUGGAGGCCUUCGGUCAUGCCAAAACCCCAAGGAACAACAACUCCAGUCGCUUCAUCAAGCUGCUCACCAUGCAGUACUGUGACAAGAGGAGGACGCUGCUCCGAGCUCGUGUGAACACCUACAUGCUGGAGAAGUCCCGCCUAGUCCACCUGCUUCAACACCAACACAGCUUCAACAUCUUCUAUCUUAUGGCCGAGGGUCUUUCAUCUGAAGAUAAGAGUGCACUUUACCUCAACAAUGUCCUGGCUCAUAGGUACCUGAGUGGAAGACUUCCAGGAGAAAAUCCCCCAGUGGCUACGGCCUCGACCCAGAGCAGGGAGCGCCUCGCUGCCCUCAAACAGGCCCUGCGAGCUUUAGGCUUCAACAAGCAGGAGGUGGACUCUAUGUUUACGCUGCUGUCGGCCGUGCUCCAUGUUGGGGACCUGCGUUUCACCGCGUUGACAGACGCUGACACAGCCUUCCCUUCUGACCUGCAGCUCCUGGAGAGAGUUGCUGGAAUGUUGCAGGUGUGUUCAGAUGACCUAAGCUCCGCCCUCACCUCUGAUAUUCAGUACUUCAAAGGUGAUGUGAUCACUCGGCGCCACACAGUGGAGAUGUCAGAGCAGUGCAGGGACCAGCUGGCUAAGGCCCUGUAUGGACGCCUCUUCAGCUAUCUGGUCAACAGCAUCAACGACUACCUACAUGGACAGGAUGACAGCAUUGGUGACCCCGCCCUAGAGAUUGGGAUCCUGGACAUCUUCGGAUUUGAAGAGUUUCAGAGGAACGGAUUUGAGCAGCUGUGUGUGAACAUGACCAACGAGCGGCUCAGGCAGUACGUCUCGGAGGUGCUGUUCCAGCAGGAGCAGGCCGAGUGUCUACAGGAGGGCGUCGCCAUGGAGACGCUGCGCUCCCCCAGCAACCAGCCGGCUGUUUUGGACUUCUUUCUCCAGAAGCCUCAGGGACUGCUGUGUGUGGUAGAUGAAGAGAGCCAGAGCCUACGGCCGGCAGAGCAGACCCUGUACAAGAGGCUGUCGGCCCAACUGGACUCUAUCCCGACUCACAGCCUCUCCCUUACCACGAAGGAUGGCAAUGGAAAUCCCCCACCCAAAGACCAGGGCCCAGCCUUCACUGUUUGCCACUAUGCCCAACAGAUUUCAUAUGACCUUACAGGAUCACUUACAAGAAACAAAGACUCCCUCCCUCAGAAUCUCUUGUUUACUAUGAAAUCCAGUGAGAGUGUACUCCUGCAGCAGCUCUUCCAGUCCAAGCUGACUCAGACCGGUUCUUUGGUGCCAGCAGCCCAGGGCCGCCUCGGGCUGAGGGGGCCUAAAGCUGCCUUGCUGCUCCACAGGAUGCCUUCAGCCUCCACUGGCACAGCUAAUGCUGCCCUUCGCCAGCAGCGGAGGUACCACGAUCUCAGCAAGAUCCUGAAGAAGAAGGGAGUGAGCUCCUUCCUGCAGCGGCUGGAGAGGUGUGGUCCCAUCACAUUGGCUGUCCAGCUGAGGAACUCUCUGUCAGAGGUCAUCAGUAAGCUGCAGGGCUGCACUCCCCACUUUGUGGAGUGUGUGCGCCCCAACACCGCUGGUCAGCCAGACAGCUUUGACAGCUUCCAUGUGUCGACCCAGCUGCAGUACAUCGGGGUGCUGGAGAUGGUGCGCAUGAUCCGCUACGGCUAUCCUGUCCGCCUGCCCUUCCCCGGCUUCCUCAGCAGAUACAAAGACCUGGUGGACACCACUCUGGGAGACAAGAAGAAACUGUCACCAGAGGAGAAAUGUCGCUCUGUUCUGCAGCAGUCCAAACUUCAGGGAUGGCAGAUGGGUAGCAGUAAAGUGUUCCUGAGGUACUGGCAGGCUGACCAGUUGAACGACCGCUGCUACCAGCUGCAUAAAAAGAUCAUCACCUGUCAGAAAGUGGUGCGUGGCUGGCUGGCCAGGCGGCGUGUUCAUCACAGGCUGUCAUUGCAGCUGACAGAGGAGUGCAGCGUGCAGCGUUUCCUGCAGGGGGCAGAGGACAUGGGGCUGCGAACCUACGACCAGCUGGUCAUCCAAAAUGCGUCCGACAUUGCCCGAGAGAGCGACCGCUUGCGUCGCCAUGGCAACAGCCUCGGCACUAGCCCGCCGCUUGGUGAGAGGCCUGAACCAGUGGGCAAGGAGGAGGAUCAGCCAGCCAGGAGGGUUGUGGAGAAAAGCGGAAAAGCCCAUGAAAGCUCUGUCACUGGGGGAAGCCGAAUUAUUCGCCACUUUCGCUCUAGCUCGGUACCCAUCCCCCUCGCUAUGGAGAACAUGGUCCAUUCCUCUGCCAGUCCAUCCAUCAAACCAGCCUUGCCGCAGGCAGCCCAUACUACAGAGGACGGGGCAGGCGGGGGAGGUCUCUCCUCUCCUCGGAAGCAGCCUCCUCCCAAACCAAAGAGGGACCCCAACACUCGUCUGAGUGCUUCAUAUGAAGCAGUCAGUGCAGGGCUGACCUUGGGACCCAAAGAGAGCCCCACACCAGAGGGCUAUGGUUCCCCAGCUGGAAGCCCCCCCAAAACCCAGCUUUCCCCCACAGACCCUGCAGCCUUGUCUAAGCCCCGCCCCCACAGUGACGACUACACCACCAUGAGGAAGGUGCCACCACCCAAACCUAAGCGCAGCCCCAACACCAAGCUGACAGGCUCGUAUGAGGAGAUCAAUGCUGUAGCCCCCCACCUCCACCAGCUGCGCCCUGCUGAUGUCAAGUUGGCGUUGUUGUCCCGGGCUGGUGGUUUGGGGGGGCUCGGAGGACUCAUGCAUAAAGCAGCCUCUGUUGACGCCUCACAGGGGGCAGCGCUGAGCCUGUACCAAGGCCAGGAUGAGGAGGAUGUGUACAUAGAGAUGCUGGGCUCCCAGCCUCGGGCUCGGAGCCUUCAAGAGCCCCCUGAUAGUCCGGAGCAGGCGGACUCAGAGGCUGUCUAUGAGGAGAUGAAAUACUUCCUCCCUGAGGAUGGAGGGCCUCCUGCCAUAGUGGCUACCAAGCCAACCAAACUGGAAGCUCUGGGGUUGGGCCUGGUAGGGCUGGUGGCAUCAGCUCCGAGUGGAGAGACCAAAUGGGUGGCAGCUGGGGUGACCGCUGCCAUGGACAUCCCCCACUCCCAGAAUGCCACCUCUACAGGGGGUCCCAAAGCUCAACAUGGGAAAGAUGGAGGCUGCGACAUCCCUGCUCCCUUCCCCAACCUGCUCCCCCACCGCCCCCCUCUCCUGGUGUUCCCUCCCUCCCCCGUCACCUGCUCCCCGGCCUCGGACGAGUCUCCCCUUACCCCCCUGGAGGUGAAGAAGCUGCCAGUGUUUGAGACCAACCUGAACUAUGCUACAGGCCCAGACAGCCCCCUAUCCCCACAGUACGCCCGCCAGAGAGCUGACUCCUCCCCUAGCCUUACCGUCCUCAUGCCGGACAAGUCCACACCACCCCUCACCCCUCCGCCUCCUCCUCCUCCCCCCACGGCUCCACCUCCCCCCUACAGGCCGCCCUCCCACUUCCCCUUCCCUCCUGAGGCCAGCUUCCUGGCCCUGACGAGAGCGGCAUCAGUAACUGGCGGCUCAGACUCCCCCAAACCCUCAGCCUCACAUCGAGCCAGCGGAGAACCACUGGGGAAGCCCCCUCCUUACUCCCCAGUGAAGGCAUCCCGUCCUGAGCCUCGGAGAGCCCACUCCUGCUCCUCCUCACCCCUGCUGUUCAACCCAGCCAAUGGAAGACCUCUGACCAGCCCUCUGGAUGAGCUCAACACUCUGUUCAGCUCAGGGCGCAGCCUGCUGAGGAAGUCCACCUCUGGUCGCAAGAUGAGAGAAGGAGGAUUCAAUUCCAAUAUCAACCUGCCUGGACGAGAAGACUGUGGCUCGGCCCCCACCUCCCCAUCUCCCCAGCUACAGGACAAGAAUGCCAACAACCACUCCCCCCACUCCCCAAGCCCUGCGCCCAUAGAGAACGGCAACCAGAUCUCCAACGGGUCAUUGGAGGAUGAGAGUCACAGCAAGUCAAACUCCUCCAGCUCCACCUCUCUGCACAGACACAUGGACAGUCAUCAUACUCAGGUGAUCCAGCGGCUGCGUGUGUGUGGCGGGGAUGAGACUGCUGCCCUGGGGGAGCUGCUCCGGUGGCGGAGAGCGCAGUGUGAGGGGCGGGGUGACUGGAAGCACCGACCGCCUCAGUCGCCACCCCUCCCCCCUACGCUGCUCUGGACCAACAGGAAGGCCUCUCCAUGACAGAGGACGGAUGUGCCAUCCAGUCAUCUGCAUUGGCUCUAAAAUUCCUCCCUCUUUCCCCUUAACCACACUCACACACACUCUUUUGUUUUUUAACGGCAUCAAAGUGGACCAAGUAACUUGAACGCCCAGGGUCUAGGCCCAAGCCUCAGUCCCCAGAGAAUGAGCCUGGUCCCUUGGCUGAAUGUCCUGCCUCUCCGCCUUCACCCUGGACUGUGAAGGACGUCCUCUACAAACGUAUUCCAAACCCCAACCCAUAGAGUAGGGGCUCACAGACAUACCACCAUGUGACACUGACAACCAUUAUCCAUGAAGAAUGAGUGGAAGAUGGACAGAGUCGAGGCCCAUGGGGAGCUGUUGUUGGUGGGUGGAUUAAUGAGUAGAGUUGUAGUCUUUUCCAUGGUAGCCAGAUAUAAAGUGGCUUCCCUAGCAUCUCUAUAUGCUAGCCUAUCAUGUUAUAUUACUGUGCACAAAUGAGCUCCACCCAAAAUCAUGGUGCUGAUUAUAUUUUGCUUGCUGUUCUGUGAUGUUCCCAUGAGUGCUUGUGUGCGCCCUGCGUCUCAGACCUCUCUGAAGUUUACAAGUUAACCAACGCCUUUUACAUCUCAUGUUUUUUUAGCAUCAGUCUUCUGGCUUGGUCAUGGGACCUUUUCAGGUAUACAGCCCCCAUUCGGCCUCUCAUCGCUGGGCUCCAAGUGCUACUGUAGCCCUGGCAACCAGGGGCCAGGGGUCAGAGUAACCUCAGAAAUAUCCCAAGGUGCACUUCUCCUCCCCACUGCUUGCUACCACCAGCCUUUCAGUUCAACACAAAGACACAGCAUGGACAAAUCCCUCUGGGCAAAUGCACAGUACUGCACUUACCUUUACCAUGAGAUGGGGAUCCAGCCAAACCUGCUUCGGUUUAUACUGUAAAGACAAAGCUUAAAAUAGCUUUAGCCGACAGGUAUGUAAACUCAUGUUCUGAACAUGAAACACUGUGCCAAAGUGACACAAUGUCAGUAAGACACGGCUGAAGCUAACAUGUAUAGUUACCUGAGCUUAUUGAUGUAUACAGUAGUUUCCAUAUAUUCCCAUAUAUAUAUUUAAAUAUAUAUAUACAGACUGAGCAAAUGAUAUAGAUUACCAAAUCAUAGUUAUCACUAUGGUUGAACCCUUUCUAAUAGAUUUAACAAACCAUCUUGUCAAAGAAGAAAAAGAAGUCUACACUUUAAGGAUAACUACUUAAUUCUCAUUGUGUCUCAUCGACACUUAAACAGUGUCAUGUGUUCAGUGUUGUUUAGGAGACUGUGCAGAGCUCAGGAGGAACCAAACUCACGCACAGAUGAACUCAAUUACUGUACAGAUUUCACCACCAUGUGUAUGUCCUCACAUACACCCAAUAGCUUCCAUGUCUGCGUUCUCCUCCCCUGCUUAACUCCAGCACACCAUGUCUUUCCCCUCACUUGCUCUUUGACCCUUUCCCUUUUUCCAAUGGACAAGACCGGCUUUACGGGUGUUUCCAUGGUAACCGCCCUGUAAAUAGUGACCAGCGUUGUAUGUUUUAACUUUUACUAUGACAGAAAAGCACAGAGAUUGAAGAAUGAAGAAGAGCGUAGAUAAUAUUGUCUAUGAUGGGUGAAGCAAAAGAAAUUUACGAAUGUCUUGGGUUAGAUGCAAUGAUUAAGGCAAAGAGGUUUAUUUUAUAAUGUGAAUAUCUUUUUUUUUUUUUUUUUUUUCAGAAUGAUUGUCUAUGGAUAUGAAAUUCUUUAUAGUCUAUUUAACAUUAUUUGUUUUUCCCCACUGGGCCCCGUAUACAGGUCUGCUACUGUUCUGUUCCCAUGAUGCAAGGCAGAUGUUUUCGUUGUAUAUGGAAUGGUUUGUGGAUGUUACAUUGCACAAUGUUGAUAUGUGGUGUGGUGCUGACUUUUGUAAUGGACUGGGUGUGUCUCGACAAGCUGUUUGAGCUUUCAAGAUUGGUCUGAAUUGUAAGACCCACAAAGUAUCAAUAGCUUUGAUUGAUUUCUCAUUCCCACUGAUCACCCACUAUGUGUCUCAUUGAUCCGGCCUUAGGAAUUAGCAGCACCAUCAUAGCAUCGACCUUGGUUGCUGAUGGUGCCUGCAGGAGCUUAAAAAUCAACAAGAAUAAGAAGGGAGACCAGUGAAACAGACGGCAAAUCAGCCGAGCUGCAUAUUGGACUGUCUGGCUGAAUCACUGUGUGAAUGUAUAAAUGAAAAUGUCAGACAUUACUUUAACUGCCUGUGCACAUCAACAGAGACCCUGUGUAGCUUAUUCCUGGAACAUGCACCUGUAUCUAAACAGUGUACCUGACUGCUUACUCCACUUAUUGUCUGUAAAAGUUAUGUAUGCAGUCUAUUGUUUUUGUCAGGCAAGCCAACGACAAUGCCGCAUUUCUCUGCCACAAGGUCGUGUUUCAGUCAUUGAAUCACACCUUACGCUGUGAUUGGGGCUGCAUGAGUAAUGUUGCAAUGCAGAGUUGCCUCAAACUGUUUCGUCAUGGUUUGGCUCAGCUCAUUCACACAAGGAGAAAACCCAGUUAUCCAGCCAUAGGAUACGUUAUGAUCAAGCAAAUACUAAGGAACCAACAAUGAGCCACUCAACCUUCCCAGUGUAAUGGAGUUUCUAUCCUCUACUGGUCCUUCUGUAAAAACAGGGUUCUGGUUAGCCAUGUGUGUUGCUAUGGUUUGUGUAUUUAUCACAUUUACUUAAAUCAUGAAAAGAGAUUAUGAGUUUUUAUAGUGUUUUAAAAAGGAUGUCAGUGCUUUCUACCCUGCAUGACCAUACGUCAGGUCUGGCCCUUUAUAAACCACUCAUGCUCAGAAGAUAUAAAAGGCCUUUUUAAUGUGAAGAAUUGCUUCCCACUGCACUGUGAAUCACUGCACUAUCCUGCACUGCCAUCUCUCAUCUAAAUGCCUGUCAUCCAUCCACAUCCACCUUUAACUGGACCGCCCAUUGCACAUUUGUGCACCAGCUCACUCAUCCACACACCCUGAUGAUUUAGCCCCAAUCUGUUAUAAGAACAUCAAACUCCGGCAAAUGAAUUACUGCCAGUCAUCGUUGUUAGUCAGGAAUCUAUUAAUCCUCUGUUCUGAGAUCAGCUCUCUGGUGCUACAGCCAGUGCAAAAUGGGCAUUUUACUGUUCCCAGUCCAUGUAUAGUUGUUCAGUGAGACGCUGAAUAUUUUAGCGCCUAAAACAUGGGUAUCUCACUGCCUUUCAUAGUUGUUGUUGUUUUUUAUUGUAUCCUUUCUUUUGUACAUGACAUACAGUAUAUUUUACCUGCAUACAUAUGUGUUUGUGGAAAGAAAAAAGAUUGUAUGUGUUGUUUCAAAUUAUUAUGUUCCCAAUGUUUUAUAAGUACCUGUACAGCAAUAAAGCACAAUUGUGUCAAUGCCAGUGUUG